CUCCCAAUCGAGCCAUCUUGUUCUCCGCAAACGCAAUAGCUAGAGUCAACUGACGAGGACUGUUUUUGGCGCAAUGUCGGUCUCUGUCACAACUGGACUACUAGUAUUGACGGCUUUCACCUGUCGCUUUCAGUUGCUCAGAGCUGCGGAGGGUGUUGGCACAUUGGAGUUUGUGACUCUGUCAUCUCCAACGACUCUGCCACGUUCAGAUGAUGCAUCUAGUGAUCAAAUCUCUACCAAUGGAGACUUUCCGUUUGGAUUUGGAACUAUUAGCACUGUCUAUGUGUCUACAAAUGGAUAUAUAUCGAUGGGAACGCCUCCAAUAAUAACGAAAGCACCUAGUCUCCCAGGAUCAGAAAAUAUCCUCUCUCCGUAUGGAGCUGGCAUUAACACCAGCAUCGCAGGCACCGUGAAGUACAUGCCGUUCACCACCUCCCACCAAGACAUUGGUCCAGUCAGUAGCUUUGUUCAGCUUCUGACAGGACUGAGUUCGUUUCGUGGGACUAGAAUGAUGGCAGUGGAGUGGAGUGGUGUAGCUCAACGAGGUGGAUCAUCGUCAACCACCAGUACAUUCCAAGCUGUCCUGAUAACAAAUGAGAUUUCCUCAUUUGCCGUGUUCAUCUACCAAUGUGGAGCGAUGGAGUGGGGUGGAGCUACCAUUGGCUGGGCUUACUCUGGCUCUCUCUAUGAAAAGCAUUUUCUCAGUGGAUCCGAGUCUGCCAGAAUUGGCUGUGAAAUAUCUCCAUCUUACACUGCAAUCCUUUACCGACUAAGUAGGAGUGCAGGCUGUCAGUUACACGAGUUCUCCUGUGCCGAUGGAAGCUGUAUAUAUUAUUACAAUAUGUGCAACGACCGCGAUGACUGUGGAGACAACAGUGAUGAGACGAUCUGUGGUGAGUUGGCUGUACUGCAUGACAGAAUUUUCCUAAGGCUGUGCAAUGAGAAAUACUUUUUAAAGAUAUUAUGACUCCAAGCCCAGAUACACCUCAAAUGACAACAAACACUGAAGGUUGGUUAGAUGGUAUCUGGUAUAUACAUAAUUACUCAUAUUUACUCUUAGAAGAGUUUUUAUUUCAUGUUGGACCAUAUUUCAUGAUGCGUACUGUAACUGGUAGCUAUAGACAUUUUCUUAGUUUCAUGUUGCACCACUCUCAGCUCCUGAAACAACAACAAGCUCAGCUGUGGUUCCAGUGUCGGUACAAUCACUCCUGCUGAUUGCCACUUUCACAACAGUCGUCCUUCCACAUUUCUAGCCAUAGAGUCAUCAUUAGAAUAAAUAGAUAACAAGGUCUGUAUAUAGGACCUUGCAAACUUCUAUUAGCUACUGCUUUGCUAAUUUCUUGAUAGGGCAAGCAACACUAAUUUUUAAUGCUGUAUAUACCUUGUGCUCCUACAAUUCUGAAACACUAUUGU